CGUGAACACCAUGGUGCUGCUGCAGACGCUCCGCAGGACGGCGAGCUACGGGCUGCGCAUGGCUCCUCGUAGCUCUGCGCUGUAUUCAACGGAGCGUGUGUUCCCCAACUUCUCGAUAUACGGCAGUGACUCGGCCUUUCAGGUGUCUCCCAGCCCGCCACAGUACACCAACGGUGGCAACUACUUGAAAACCAAGCGAGUGGGAGCCAUCAUGCUGUCGUGGGCCAAGGCUACCAACUCGGGUUACAACUACCAGAACAAGACGUUCUUCUCGCUAAGCCCGUCAGAGGUGGGACUAGUGCUGGAACUGCUGGACUCGCGUAUCCCGGAGCUGUCGCUCACGCACUCACCCAACAUGAACGCUUCUGAGGAGGACAAGAACACCAAGUCUCUGCACAUCACGCGUGCGUCGGGUUCGGACGGAAACCCGUUGAUUCUGAUCAAGGUGAACCACGAGAGUGAGUCUGUCGCCACGCUCAACAUCGGCGAGGCGCGUGUUUUCAAGGAGCUGCUGACGUAUUCGCUUCCACGACUUCUGGGCUACCACUCGGUGCUGGAAGGGCCUCUGAAUGUCGAGGGCGGAACUAGUAGUGGUGGCUUCUCCCAGGGUGGUGGCAACUCAUACUCACCUGGCUCCAACAGCGGAUAUCGCGGAUCCAACAACAAACCUGCUGGGGACUGGCCAUUUUAAUGCCCCCCCCCCAUUGAUCACAGCAGGGUAAACGUAAGAUGCCUGGCGUUCUUGGCUACUUUCUCCGUGGCGUGACCUAGUGAACGCGAACGGCUCACUUUUACUAAGAAAACGAGUACUAUUUCAGUAGUAGCAAAAGAUGUUGUGCACGUUGUUGAAAAAAAAAACUGUGGACGCCUUU